AUGUCGACAUUUCAUCUUUUUCCUCACUUAGUCCCUGAAUUGCGUCAGCACAUAUGGAAGCUGAGCCUGGAACCAAGAGUCAUCUCUGUUGAACUCGGGGACAAUCUCAACCAUGAUUUGCUUACGGAAACAAAACAAGGGUGCAGCUUCUUCAGGCCUGGCGUCGAGAUUGUGAAGAAAGAGACUCCAAUCGACCUUUGCAAGACAUACGGUCCCGUCCUGAUGGAAAUCGCGCCCAACAUGGCCGUCCGCUUUACCUCUCUCGAGGCCUAUCAGCAGUACGAGGCGGUCAAGCAGUCCUGUACAUACCCGAUAUUUGCCUCCUCUGCGGCCCACCAGCAGUUCCUGGCGCUCAAGUCCACCGUUACAUACGCGAUAUUCAAGGCCUCGCUACCAGCCGGCUUUAGUGUUUGCCGAGAGUCCCGAUCCUGCUUGCUGCCCAUGUUCACCAAGGUUCUCUCCAGCCAUUCCGAAUUAUCGAGCAAAAGUGCGAAACUCAGUAUUCCAACGUGGGUUAAUUUUGCAAUCGAUACUGUUCAAUGCAGACAGUACGACUUGCCAUAUAUAUCGAGAACACCAUGGAUAUCUCAGAUACGGAGUAUGGUCGUUGAUGUCGAUGACCCUGAGACGAUGCACAAUAACUUGGACUCACGAUACAGACCGUAUCUUUCCUACAUCGAGCACGACAUGACCAGUCUCAAGCACCUUACCAUAAGAUACAUGGAACCUAGAUGGGACGAGUGGUACGACGAAUGGCAUUAUUUGCUGGCAAACUACUAUAAUAGAUGCGAACCAUUAGUCCCCUUUUACCUCCGAAUAAUCAACCCACACUUCCCUGAAACGGGGGAGCUGAACCGAACAAAUUAUUUGAGCAUCUGGCGGCAGGAAAGACGACUUGAGCGUGGGCCUUCUAACCAUACCUUGCACGACUCCGACUCGGAAGAAGACUUUGACGUGUUAAACCACACGUGCGGGUGGAUACACAAUGGCAAGGACUGCUUGACAAAGUGCGGCAAAGUCACGAAGUGGUAG